AGGAGUGCACGCAACAAAAGAAACAUAAAUUGAAUCAUGUGGACUUCAGCCUAGCUAGCUUGGUCCAAAGCAGUGCCCAUUCCCAGCUCCUACCGCUAUGCACUUCGUAAUAUCACCCGACAACCUCCUCUUCUUCUGCUCCGUUACGGCGUCGGUCACUGCCGUCUUCGGCCUCUUCUCGCUGUACAAGCGCCUCGCACGCCAUGAACAACGACAUCAACCCUCUUCUAUUCCAGCCGGAGUUUCAGAGGAGGAAGAAGCACUCACGGCGGCUUCGAGCCUUCUUCCCCCGUUCAUGUACAACCGCCUCGUCCGGCACAGCGGCAAGGAUAAUAUGAAGGCCUCGACAGAGUGCGCGAUCUGCCUCGGCAUGAUCCAGGUCGGCGACAUGGUGAAGCUGCUGCCGGCAUGCACCCACAUCGAUCUCUGGCUUGCUUCGCAUUCGACAUGCCCGCUUUGCCGGUUCAGGGUCAGCGAUCACUCGGCAGCCAUUCAGAAAACGGCUCAUGUUUCCUUUGCAUAGAUCAUCAGGCUCAUCUUUCCCCUGCAUAGAUCAUCACCAUCUGCAGGGAAUGUCUGCACAGGGUUAUUUUUUCCCUUAUUUUUUUGAAUUUCAAGAUAAACAUGAAUGUGUAUGGCAGUGCUGAAUCGUAAUGUACAUACUGUAUUUUACUGGAAUCGCAAUCGAAUUGACAUUUCAUCCA